AUGGUUUCUAUACCUUCUUCAUUUGUCUUUAUCCAUAGUGGAAAACAAUAUUUUAGAACACCUAAUAUUAAAUAUGAAAAACCAUCGAAACAAUUUAUUGAAGAAAAAUUCAAUAAAAUCUAUGGAAAUUUCUCUCAAUGGAAUUUAACAUUAUGUAGUCAUACAUCACAUCAUCGUGGACCACAUCAAAAAGUAAUUGCUAUUUCAGUUUAUGGAAAACAAUCAAAAUUUACUAAUAAUCCAAUGUAUUCAUGGGAAACAAAUAUUAUACCAUUUUUUGAACUUCUUGUUGAUGAAAUUAGUACAUUACUUCCACAAUGGAUUCUACGUGUUUAUAUUGAUUUUACUGGUAGUACUACAUCUGAACAAGAAUAUUUUUAUAAUUUUUUAAAUGUUGAUAUAUGUGAUAUGAAUAAUAUUCCUAUGUUUGGUUCGUCUUUACAUAAAUUUCUACCUAGUAAAAUGUGGCGAUUUUUACCAAUAUUUGACCCGUACGUUGAUUAUUUAAUAUCACGUGAUCUUGAUUCACCAAUAAUUCGACGUGAAACAGAAACAAUUAAUAUGUGGUUAUCAAAGAAACAAAAAAAAAACUUUUUCUAUAUUGCACGUGAUAAUAUUGAACAUAGUUCAUUUAUAUUAGGUGGACUUUGGGGUGCAGCUUUAGUACGUGCUCGUCAUACUUUAAUUAAUAUUUUUCAACCGAUGCUUAUACCAUCAAUAGUUAAGUAUUAUCAUGGUAUUGGGGAUCAGACGUUUCUAAACGAUUAUGUUGGUGAUCGUGUUAAAAAUAAUUCUUUAAUAUUUGAUAGUUAUUUUUGUGAAAGUCUUGGUGGUCGACCAUUUCUUUCUCAGCGACCGAUGCAUGGAUGUUUUCUUGGAUGUAUAAGACCAUGUUGUAACAAUGUCGUAAAUGUUCAUUUUAAUGAAACUCGAAUACCUUGUCCAAUCAAAUGUAGACCAAAAAAACAUCCUGAUUGGAUUUAUUGUUAA